CAGGUGUGCCAAUCACCUCCCCUGGCACUCCUCUCCUGAGCCAGCUCCACAUCUCUUCAAUGCAGCUGAUGCCACGCCCUUGACAACACACUCCUUCCAACUCGAAUUAUGCUUUAUCCAGUAGUAGCAAAAAGAAGAGACUCUGGCUCUCAGCUAUUCAUAGUGUUUAAUGGGAUAUUCAGGAGAGUGUGUCACUGUAACUGCUUUUUUCUGUACAUCAACUGGGUUGGUGUUUAAUUUAGUCCUUCGGUGUAUGUAUCAAAUGUCCGACGCAGUUGGUCUAUACUGAAGUUCAAAAAGAGACAUCCCGCCCUCAGAAAGAUGACUUUACCAGCUUCCAAGAACGCACUGAGCUUUGCAAAGCUAGCUGCUCUGGGCCUAAUAGGCUCUGUUCUUGUAUUCAUUCUGUAUUUUGAGCCUCCAUCUCCUGGUUGCCCAUACUCAUCUACAUUAGCUGAUGAGGGAAAUGAUGAAGGUGCAGCUCCAGAUGAAAAGCCCAUAGUCCUGCUGUGGUUCUGGCCUCUUGGUGUGAGGUUUGAUUUCAAAAUUUGCUCUACCUACUUCAAAGUUGACAGCUGUGUUCUGACAGAUGACAGAGCACUCUACAACAAAGCAGAUGGAGUCAUUUUCUUUCAUAAAGACAUAGAUUGGCAUCUGCGAAAUUUGCCACAAGAUCCACGCCCAGCUUUUCAGAAGUGGAUUUGGUUCCAUGUGGAAUCCCCGACGAACACGCGGAAGAUACCAGGUCUGGAAAACUGGUUCAAUUUAACACUGAGCUACAGAAGAGAUGCCGACAUCACGGUGAGGAAUGAGCUCACUCUCAAGGAAACAGAAGAUGACUUUGUUUUGCCCAAGAAAGACAAACUGGUAUGUUGGAUUGUGAGUAACAAAGACCCAGGCACUGGAACAUCUGUGAGAGACAAGUAUUAUAGCGAACUGUCCAAACACAUCAAGGUCCACAUUUUUGGUAAAGCCUAUGGGCAGUUUUUAAGCUAUGAAGACUAUUACUCAACCCUUGCUAGCUGUAAGUUUUACCUCUCAUUUGAGAACUCAAUCCACAGAGACUACAUCACAGAGAAGGCUAACGGACCCCUUGUGGCAGGGGCAGUGCCUGUGGUUUUGGGUCCACCAAGAGAAAACUAUGAACAGUUCCUUCCCUCCGAGGCCUUCAUUCACAUUAAUGAUUUUCCUGACGCAAAGUCACUGGCAGACUUUUUGCUCAACUUGGACAAGAACGAUGAGGCGUACAUGCGUUACUUUGACUGGAGGAAAUUCUACACAGCCACUCCUCAUCUUCUGUCAACCAGCAACGAAUUCAUUCAUCCAGUCUGCCUCGCCUGUGACCACAUGUCAAGAGAUAAGGACUUUCACGUAGUUCAUGAUCUUUACAAGUGGUACUUUUCUGAAUGAGGACAUCCUGUGAUAGUGGCUCAUGCAUUCACAGACUGCUACAGCUGAAGGAAACGCUGAACUUGACUCUGAAUAUUCCAUCAUGUAAGGUUGUUUUUACACAAUGUGUUAUAUCAUGUUUAUUAAUCAGCUUCAGAGGUCUGAUUAGUAUAUUUUGUUGUCAGACUAGCUCUUCCCCUACUUCUAUUCUUUAGGCAAGCUAGGCCAACUAGGUGCCGUCUGUAGCUUCAUAUUUAAUGGACAAACAUGAGAUUGGUCAAUUUCUUUCAAAAUUGUCCUUUAACUGGAAUAUUAGGACAUUUAGCCCAUUUACCACUGCUUUUUAUGAUCAGGCAAAGAGUUAUUCUGGUAACAAACAAAAAAACAGAAAAUGGUGCAUAUUUUUAACAUAAACAUUUUUAACAUAAUUUUCUGAAAAUGUAAAACUCAUUGGAUCAGUCAUAUUAUUUAAUCUAACAGACAAUCAUAGGAAAACAUUUCUGGGAUGUGGAUAAGUGGUGACAUGAAUAAAUGAUUAAAUAUGAGUCAUUUCUGAAGCAAAAUUCUACUGGUUACCUGUUUGGUAGGUAAAAAAGGGCAGGUUAAAAAAAUAGUUUUGGAGUUGACAAAAAUGGAUAGUGGUGCAGAUAUGUUUGUGUUUUUGUUUAGCUAAAUGUUUAGCGAAUGACUGAGUAUUUGGGAAAAUGACAGACAAUCAUUGUCAUAAAAAUCAGGGUUACACAGCUAUUUAGAUGUUUUAACUUAUAUGAUGUUUAUUCCUAUUCAUUACGUGUCUUGAGGGCACUUCCCUUUAUUGCUGUUUUACUGAGACUGGCAGGGUAAGGUAAAGUUCAGGUUAAUGUAUAUGUUAAAAAUCUUAAGCUUUCAUGGGUGGAGAUCACCUACAACCAGGAGGAUGGAAGGAGUCUAGCAUCACAGGGGAGGUGAUAUAAGGACUAGGGUGUGUUUUGUUAGAUCCUUUUGUUCCUGUCUGCCAUGCUGCCACAUGAGUGAGUUGAUGUAUUUCAGAUUGAGAUUGUUUAUUUGUCCUUUCAAUUAUACCUAAGGUUAUGCAUCCUAAUUUUGUGUAUUUCUUUUGAACAUAUCAAAUGUAUUGUUUGUUAUCAACAAAGACUUGAGAUCUCUGUAACUCUGAGUGGAUGCAUUAAUAAGUAAGCUUGCUAAUCUUUGUUUAUUCUAGUUUAUUGUACAUAUGGCAGUGUCUUGAUUUAUGUCUGUUUAUUGUACAGAUAAACAUCUUUCCCUACCAUCUGACCAACUACCUCAAACUCACAAAUAAACAGUUAAAUGGCCUCUUGGAUCCUGUGUGUUUAAAUGUGCACCCCAACUAGAAACUCCAUGGUCCAGUCAAAUUCAUCCUCCACCACAAGUAACCCUCUUGAAAUAUACAGCCCUUUAACAGUAUAAAUAAAGGAAUUCCAGAAUAAAAUGAGGCCCAGGGACAGGUCAGAGAGGUGACAUCUAGAUUGGGGAUAUACUAGCUACUGAUUAGGAGAUAUGUUGAAGAAAACUGUUUAGAUGCUAUAUAU